GGUCAAUUCUUAUGCUAAUGAGCAGACGCUCAAAUGGUUUCCACAGCAGCUUUCGAAAGAAAAAAUUCACAAUUGACAGUUUAAAUCACAUUCCUACAACGAAAAAUUCAUCAAAUAUUUACGAUUAUUACCAGAGGAGUUAGAUCCAAGCCAGAGACUUCAUCAACGACUUCAAAAACUUGGCAACGAAAAAUUAGAAUCACUUCUGUAAACAGAAAUUCGCUUCGACAUUCCUUCGUGGCUCGUAAUCUGCAAGCACUUUAGAGGUAUUUUCGUCUUCGUUUUCCCUUGUGAUUUUCUCUGAAUAGUUGCAAUUAUUCGUCCUCAAGUUGCGGGAAGAUUGCCAAGCUUCCACAAAGGAUUUUCACACUAGUCAAUCGAUAAGACACUGUUUUUUUCCCGUAAGUUUAUGAAGUGUCAGUCUAUCGAUCUUAACAGACUGUUGUCAUAACUCGACCUUUCGAGUUACCGUGGUAAUCUGCGAAACUCAACUCAAGAUUGUCUGGAGGGAAUAUAUCAUAGGUUUUUGGCUCAUUUUCUGUUUUAUAUUCGGUGAAAAGCGUCCGUGAGGUGAUAUUUUUUAUGGUGUGCUCAUUCAUCACGAAAUGUCUCGUACAGCUGUUUACUGACAACUGCAAGUAUUAGAAAGAGAAGAGAGUUUGAACUGCAAAAUGGGUGUCUCGAAAUUGCACAUGCUUCUACGCAGAACAAACAUUUUAUAUCUUGGAAUGUUACUUUUGUUUUGUUUUGUACCUUGUGGAGUUUUAGCUCAAAAUAGCACGGUAGCUCCCACGAACAAUUCAGAGAUUGCCAAUGUAGCUUGUCCUUCGGGAAACGAAUGUUUUUCCACCGAGUACCGAAAUGUUACGGUUGAACUUGGAUAUAAUGGACAAGUAUGUCCUGGCCACACGCCUCAAGACUGUUACAAUGAAAACGAUCCUCGAGGAUUUAUUGCUGGUCCAAGACAGUAUCCAGCUAUUAUUUAUCAAGGAGACAAACUGAUAGUGAAAUCGUCAGAAAAAUAUGAUUUUGCUGUUAAACUAUAUAACGUUUCGAAAAGGGGCUUCGAUCUUUGCGACUUUAAAAAUGCAUCACCAGUCAUAUCAGAUCUCACGAGAUUGCCGUUCGAAGUCCCUGCAAGAUUCAUUGCAGCAACUGGAAUAAAGUAUUUUAUAGCCGAAAGCGAUAACAUGAUAAUACAAUGCCAAUUUGGACUUAAACUGGAAGUGAAUGUGCGCAGCAGAGACAGUUGUCUAAGUCAACCACCAUCAAAUAAUAAUGUGUGCAGUUCCAAAGGGUUGUGUGCUGUAAGUGGAAAGUUCUUCACCUUCAAUGCAUCUUGUGUAUGUGAUACUGGAUACUCGGGAGCCUAUUGUGGAGAGCGUGGCAGCUGUCAUGCUAAGCUCAACCCAUGUCAAAAUGGUGCAACAUGUAUCGACAAGAAAUCUGGGCUGCAAGAUGACUACAACUGCACCUGUGCGCCAGGGUAUGUAGGAAAGAAUUGUGAACAUAAUAUUGAUGAUUGUAAAUCACAACCAUGUAUGAACGGUGCCAUUUGUAUGGAUCAAAUUAAUGGAUACAAAUGCCUGUGCCCUCCAGGGUAUUUUGGAACAAGUUGUGAGAAACUCUCUGAUGACAAAUGCGAAUUAAAACCAUGUAAAAAUGGUGGGACAUGUGAGCGGGCAGGAGAAAAUCGUCUUAACUAUACAUGUACUUGUCCUCAUAGAUUUACAGGCAGGAAUUGCACAGAGAAUGUGACAAUAUCUAGUAGUGCUGUAGCUUAUACUUCAGUCAUGGCUACUACUGUUGGUAAGUCAAGUGUUGUAAGCGAUGUUCAGACAUCCACACUUGGUACCACGCACUUGCUUACGUACUCAUCAACGGUACGCCAAACUGUCUCUCUUUCUUCUGUUACAUCAAGUGAAUUCACAACUUCAUAUGCAACCUCUUCCAGUGUUCCAUUAGAGUCAAUAAGUACAGUGAGCCAAUCUAUAUUUACAGGAUCGCUAGUACCUUCUUCAUACUUUUCACUGUCAAGCUCUUUCACUCUAGUUCCUUCCAUAUCUGCAAAAGAUUCUGUAUCUUUGACCACUCAUACUUCUAGUAUCACUAAAAACCAAACAAGCUCAUCAAGUGUGUCUUCAUUGGUAGUUACAGUAAAGACAUCCAAAGUUGAAUCAUUAUCGACAUCUUCAUUUUCAACUAAAUCACUGUCUGCAUCAACUACUGUACUUCCAGUAUCCACGCCUGAAGUAUUUCAAACAACCUCUGUUUACAAUUCCCCUUCAUUGAACACUACUUCUUCUAUGAUUUCAACAGUACAAGUAUUAUCAACAACGUCUAGUAUGCCUUCUUCAGUCAUUUCUGUAGCAGCAACAUCAUCGGUGACAACAAAGGUGGCAUCAACUUCACAUCUUCUCACAAUGGAACCAUCAGUUACAACGACAACAGUAACAUCAUCUGAUGUACCAACAUCAUCAUUAACACCUCAGUCAACAUCAUCAAUUUUGUCUUCAUCGUCAAUAAAGCCAUCAUCAUCAUCAAUACUGCCAUUAACAUCGUCAAUACUGGAAUCAAUAUCAUCAGUUGGACCAACAACAUCAUCAUCAAGUCAAGUAAUCCCACCAUCAAUAACACUAUCAAGCCAAAUAAUACCAUCAACAAUGACGUUCUCUUCAACUGUGAUGAUGUCAUCUGUCUACCCAACAAUGCCACCGACCUUUCCCCCAACAACCAUCCCACUGAAGGACCAAACUUGUAAGAACAAUCCAUGCAACAAUGGAACAUGCCGCGAUGUUCCAGAUCAAUAUGGGUUGAACUUCACAUGCCAGUGUCCUAAACCCACAUAUGGACCAAGAUGCAGUACAGACUUCACACUUCAUUUUCCUCGAUUCUCAAGUAGUUCAUAUUUAGUCCACAAGCCCAUAGCCUUCAGUGCAGGAUUCAACAAGAUAGUCAUAACCUUUAAGACAACGGCUACCAAUGGUUUAUUGUUCUACUCAUCACACAGUAUAUACAAAGACUUCAUACAGCUUUACAUUACUGAUGGAAAACUGGAAUACCGAUUUGAUCCUGGAGAUUAUUUGUGUGUGAUCACAAGUAAAGUGUCUGUGAAUACUGGUGUUAUCGUAACUGCUGUGGUCACUUAUGACAGCAGAAACAAACAAGGUUCGUUACAAGUUGAUAAUCAUCCCAGACAAAACAAAACUUCACGUGGAAAAAUGGUAGGAAUUGGAUUGUACAAUGACUGGUAUGUUGGUGGGCUACCACCUGGUAAACGUAUCGGCAGCAAUGAUGGAGGUCAAGCUACACCAAAUCUUGUAGGCUGUAUUAAAGACAUUGAGUUAAAUGGUGACCAAAUUGGGUUUACAGAGGCCAAUGACUGGAAUGACAUCAGUGAGUGUGACACUCCUUGUAACGGCACCCACAAGCCAUGCCAGAACAACGGCCAGUGUAUUCCAGAUACUAACGAUCCUCAUGACUAUGAGUGCAAUUGUACACAUGGUUUUGAGGGAAAGAACUGCAAAAAUGCUUCCGUGUGUAGCGGCGAUCCUUGUAAAGGUGGUUUGUGUGUCAUAGGCAAAUCUGCUGCAAACACCAGCAGAGUUUGUCUGUGUCCGUUUGGUAGAGGAGGUAUAGAAUGUGAGAAUGAGUUAUCCAUCAUGACACCUACAUUCACUAUGGCCUACAACUACUCCUCCUUCAUCCAAUACCAAAAACCGACCCUCAGUGGUGCUUACUUUGAGAUAACCCUUCAGUUCAAGAUUAACCCCAACUCCACUGCCUGGAACAAUGCAUUACUCAUGUUCAGUGGACAGAAUCAGUACCAGGGUAAAGGAGACGACUUCAUUGCAUUGGGAAUCAAUAAUAGCAAGGUGCUACUGCAGUAUAAUCUUGGCAGUGGCAUUGCGAACAUCGAAAGUGACCCAAUUGAUACCACUCGUGAAUGGCAUUUCUUAACAGCAGGUCGUAAUGGAAAGGAGGGUUAUCUUUAUUUGGACAAUAAUGGAGUGAAACGUGGAAGUUCACCCGGUCAGCUAACAGGACUUAACUUAUACAGUCCAUUGUACAUUGGUGGAGUCCCUGAUCUUUCAGAGCUUCCUACAGAUGUUUUAUUUAAAAGAGGUUUUGAGGGAAGUAUUGCUAAUGGAGCAGUAAAGUUUGGUGUGUCACAGCCUGUCAUUCCACUACUAACAUCACAGAGUAACUCCAGCAGUCACAGCCAGUGGGCAGUCAUUGCAGGACGAAAUGUAGGAGAUGAAGGCUACAAUAACUGUAAUACCAGCAACCCAUGCCAGAAUAAUGGCACCUGCACACAAAUAGGAGCUGCAAUUGUUUGUUCUUGUGUUCAUGGAUGGAAAGGGAUGUACUGUGCUAGUCAAGAGAUUCCUUGUGUAAACCAUAACCCUUGUGCUGUCAAUUCAACAUGCCGAGAGAUGAACAAUAAGGCUGUGUGUGACUGUCCUUUAGGCAAAACUGGUGACACUUGUUCUAAUGCCAUCUCAAUUCAAACGCCACACUUCAAGGAAAAUUCCUAUAUGGCUUUCACUCCUACAGCUCUAAACAUCAGGUUGAAUGCAAACAUAGUCAUAAAAUUCAUUUCUUACAAUGGAAAUGGCCUGCUGUUUUAUGUUGCUCAUAAAAUCACUGCCCAAAAUGGAGACUUUCUCUCUGUUAGUCUACAUAAUGGCUUUGUACAGUAUCGUUAUGACCUUGGUAGUGGAAUAAACCCAAUACAGAGCCAAAAGAACAUUACCUUUAACACUGAACACACAGUCACUAUAACCAGAAACCAACAAACAGGCGCUCUGAAGGUGGAUGAUGAUGUAGCUAUAUCUACGACAUCACCAGGAAAAGCAGUUGCAUUAGAUGCUAGUUCAAAUUUCUACCUUGGAGGUGUUCCUCAACUCUCAUUGGUCAACCCUUCAGCUGUUGCUGAUGUUAAAUCUUUAAGGGAUUUUGUUGGCUGUGUGACUUCUUUGACGAUCAAUGGAGUCCCCUUAAAACUAACAGAAACAAGAGCAGUAGAAGGAAGGAAUAUCGAUAACUGCCCAGCCAUAUCAGAUAGUAACCUGGCUUAACACCUAUGCAAUUAUUAGACCUAAUAAACUGCAAUACAUAAAGUUAGUAAAUAUGAUAUUAAGUCCAGCCAUAUAGUUUUAUUCAACACUCAUAAUUAAUAUUAGAUUAUUAUUAAGAAGAAAAAAAUUAUUCGAUUUUGUUUAUCUAUAGUUCAUCAUCAUGUAGAUUUAAAUGUCGUACAGCUUUAACUCAAAGACACUUGAUUAAUAUUUUAAUAUAUUUUAUUUAUAAUUAAAGCCAAUGAUUAGAAUCAUUGUUCACUUAGGAAGGUUAGUUUUGAGUGUGCUGGUAUUUCAGAAGAGAUAUCCCAAAUCACUUUUAUUUUAUACCUUUCCUGGAUCCUACAAAUAAUGUACCUAUGUGUGAAUAUGUCAUAAUGCCCAGUAGAUAGUAAUUUUUCAUACCUCACCAACAGUGGAAUGGAUUUUUUAAGGGGCGGGGAGGGUGUAAGGAAUAGUGUUCUUGGUAUCCUUUUUUCCCUUUCAAUGAAUUUUCCAGGAAAAAGGCGAAAGAUAAGGAAAAGAAGGAGAAUCCACAACAUUAGUUCUUCCUCUGUGGCAUGGUAGAAUAUAUAAAUGGAACUACAUUUUAUUGAUUUUACUCAUUAAGACUAAAAGCAGGCGGUAUUCUAUUAAGAAAACUUGGUUACCAGAGUGAAAUACCUUAAGAAAUUCUGACACACAAAUAUAACAAAAUUUAGCAACAUUUUUAAGUGCAUUUUAAAACAUUUUUUUACACAUAAAAACCACUUAUCAAAAUAUUGUUUUCUUGUUAAUGUUAACUUAAAGAUUCAAAAAUAAAUUAAGACUCCAUAAUUAUUUUUAAAGAAAGUGUUAGAAAUGUGUUGUUCCAGAAAAGAUCCAGUAUGUGAUAGCUUCUCAUUGUGAUGGGAAGGUAAAAAGAGAAAAGCAAUGCCCAAAAAAUGUCUAGAUUAACAAGCUAACCAAAAUUAAUAAUCUCUCAUACUAAUACUUGCCACCUAGCUAUAAUAUAAAGAGUUAAUUUUUUAAUACUUAAUAAAUUGAUAUUAAUAUAAAUACUAUCAACCUCAGGUGGAAGCAGCAGCAGCUUGAGUUUUCUGGAAAAACACAUUAUUUUAUCAAACUACCCUGUAAUAUUAUUAUCUGACAAAAGAUAGCUUAAUUUACUAAGCCAAAUCUUUUGCGUUUUACUUUUUGUAUUGUAUGAUGUACAUAAUUGGUUAGCAAUCUGAGAUUAUGCUUAAAAUUCUGUUUGGAAUACUGUAAUAAUUAUAAGAGGCAAAGGUGAUAUCUCUUUUAAUAAAAAAAUGUACUUAAUAUUUGUUAAGAUAUAAGCUGUUCUAGGUAAAGUUUUGUACAGUAGCUAUCAUGUGAUUUAUAAAAGUCAUGAAAAUGGGACAAAGUGCAAAUAAAUACAGAAUUACAAUAAAGAUUUUUAAAAAACU